UGCUCUGAUAGGCUCUCCCAGGUGAUUGGCGAGCGGACGGGCCAGCUGCAGGAGCUGCACAGGCAGCUGUCAUCACGGGAACGGGAGAUGGGCGAGCUGCGGAAGGAGAGAGAGAGGGAGAGAACGGGAGAGGCAGAGCAACUGCAGAACCUACUAAAAGAGAAAGGGACUUUUAUCCAGAGUCUGAUGCAGGGCCAGGAGGAGAGCAUGGAGCCCUCCACACAAGAGGGGGCAGCAGAGGUACAUGCCAUCCAGGAAGAGCUGCAGCUGGUCAGGAAGAAAGAGAGGGAGGCUCAGCUGGAGCUCUCAGCCCUGCGCUCAGCUCUCACACAGGCCCAGCAGCAGGCCCUAAAGCAGGAGGAUAGAUUUAAGAUCCUGGCCCCAGAAAUAACAGUCAGGGACCAGCCCUCCAGCACUGACCACCAGAGUGUGUUGGAACAGUUGGUCAAUGAGUACCACAGGCUGAACAAUGCUUUGAGGGCAGAGAAGAGGCUGUACCAGAGUCUGAACCACAUCCAGACUAGAGGAGACAGCAGCUCAGAGAAGACCCAGGACCUGCUCACAGAACUGGACUCUGUUCAGGCAUUGCGAGGGCAACUGGAGGAGGUCCUAACCAGGACCCGGAAGACGGCCCUGGCACUGGAGARGGCAGCUAAGAGGCAGUCUGACUUUGGAGAGCUCAGCAYGGAGGAAGAAGAAGAGGAGGGAGAUGAUGAAGAGGGCAGCACUGAUGAGUUCUCAGACAGUAUUGAAGACGAUGAGGAUAAACUGACUGCCAAAAGCCUGGCCUCCACUAAGGUACAUGUGGUUCUUUACCUUUAAAUCUUAAAGGGAUAC